GAGUGAGAGAGUCGAGGCGGUGAUGCGAGCUCCCCACUCUUUCCUUCUUGUACAAAAUUUCCUCUUCCUUCCCGUUCGUGGUUGUAUGUCGGCUCUAUAAUAACACAACUAACCGCUACAUCUUUACACUCACGUAAAAACACUAAUUGGUGGCCGCUUGCACCCGCCAAAGAGGAUUUCUUCACGUGCGCGGUUCGUUUUUUAAAUAAAUUACUGUUUUUAGCUAAGCUUGUCGUGCAGAGUAAGUAGAGCUGAAAACAACAAGAAAAACACAACGAUUUUUACAAAGCUACGCCUUAAAACAGCUUUCAGUUCCUUUUUGGAGAAAAAUAAGUUCAUGGAGGGAUGAUUGGUGCUCACACGGCAGGUGUCAGAGAAGGCGCCAUGGAUCACCUUGGACAAAGUUUGAGGCUGUUUUUAAACAGCAGGAGGAUCCCUCCACGUCAAAACUGGAAGCGCUGUCCGUGGUGAGUGAGGAUCAGCCCAUAUUCGAGUCGCCCUACACCUCAGCCCCGGCCAUGCACAUGAAGACUGAGAUGACGUCGCCUGGUGGCUUCAGCCAGACGUCCAAGCAGAGCCCAGAGCCCGCCGAGUCGGAGUGGGUGGGGUCGGCAACGCAAAACUCUGGGAAAAGAAGCGAACACGUCAAUGGAACCAGCCGUGCUUCUCCUGUAGACUGCAGUGUCACCAAACGCUCUAGACAUAUGAGCAAUGACAGUGGCCCAAUCCCGUACCAGACAACGUAUCCGGAGCCUCGUGUUAGCCCCCAGACUACUUCUCCACCCAGCAGCACCACAGAGGAGAAGAGGGUUAUCGUGCCUGCAGACCCCGAGGUGUGGACACAGGACCACGUGCGGCAGUGGUUGGACUGGGCCAUCAAAGAGUACGUCCUGGAGGAGGUGGACGUCAUGCUCUUCCACACGCUGGAUGGCAAGGCACUGUGCAAGAUGACCAAAGACGACAUGAUGCGUCUCACGUCAGCGUACAACGCAGACAUCCUGCUCUCACACCUCAGUUACCUCCGACAGAGUAGCCCUACGUUCUCAUACCCCACAACUCCCACCAACAACACACCCCCUCCCCCACCUCCUCCACAGCCAAGACUACAGGUGAAAGCAGAGAGCAGUUUUGAAGAGAUCAGCCGCAGGAACAGCUGGCCAACAAACACCAUGACUGCAGUUCAAAAAGCAGGUCCUUCCAUGGAUCACCAACAUAACACCAGAAUUUCAGAGCCUGCUCCAAGAAUUGUUCAAGAUCCAUAUCAGACAUUAGGGCCCAUUAGCAGUCGGCUAGCCAACCCAGAAGGCCAAGCCCUCAGCUCAUCCAAGAACCGAACAGGCAAACAAAGUCCAUUCAAGCUGCUUGACCCCAGCUCUCACAGGCCUGUGGGCUCAGGGCAGAUCCAGCUUUGGCAGUUCCUCCUGGAGCUCCUUUCAGACAGCAACAACGCCGGCAUCAUCACCUGGGAGGGCACCAAUGGCGAGUUCAAAAUGACCGACCCAGACGAGGUGGCCAAGCGCUGGGGAGAGCGCAAGAGCAAGCCCAACAUGAACUAUGACAAGCUGAGCCGAGCUCUUCGCUACUACUACGACAAAAACAUCAUGACUAAGGUGCAUGGCAAACGCUACGCCUACAAAUUUGACUUCCAGGGUAUUUCACAGGCGCACCAGAAUCAUGGAGCAGAUGGGGGGAUUGUUAAGUACCAGACUGAGAUGUCGUAUGUCCAGCCUUACCACAGCCACCAGCCCAAAAUGAAUUUCAUGGGUGGUCAUCCUGCGCCUAUGCCCGUCUCUCCGGGAAACUUUUUCGGCCCUCCAUCGACUUACUGGAACUCGCCCAGCAGCCCGAUUUAUCCGGGGGCAGCCAUGACCAGACACCCUGCCUCUCACUCUCACCUGAGCUCGUACUACUGAGGAUGAUACACUUCCCUCAUGAACCACAUAUCAGAGGUUAGAAGCCUGAAUGUGCUCGAGAACAAGAGCAAACAUCAUCCAGGACACACCUGAGCUGAACCCUGUCUGAACUGAAGGUGAUAUGACGCUACGGUCUGUUUUCAGAAAGGCAUUAUUAUGUUUUUAUUUCCACAUUCCUCAUUAAAAAUGGACAGAUGUGAUGAAUGGAAAAAAUUUCUAUUAUACUCAUCCUGAAAUGUUCAUGAAUAUACUGAUGACACACUGUAUUAACAUGUAUUCAAAUGUUAUGAAACCAAGUUUAUUUUGUAAGUAUCUUGUUUGAUAGAGCGUGUAAAGACCAAAGUCAUUACCUUUACUGUUUUAGUAGCAUAACGGUUUUGUAACUAUUCUUUCAUUUCAAGGGUCAAAACUGCAGUUAUCACAUGGAAUGACCUGACAUUUGUAAAGGAGAAAUUGUACAGAAUGACUUUCUUGUAGCUAUAUGACAUUUACUCAUGAUGUAAAGCAAAUAAAUGAUGCUUGUACCAGAAAA